GUUGAAUUAGCUCUGUGGGAUACUGCAGGUCAAGAAGAUUAUGAUAGACUGCGACCUCUGUCAUAUCCAGAUACCGAUGUAAUCCUUAUGUGUUUUAGUAUUGACAGUCCUGAUAGUUUAGAAAAUAUUCCUGAGAAAUGGACUCCAGAAGUUAGGCAUUUUUGUCCAAAUGUUCCUAUCAUUCUUGUGGGAAAUAAAAAGGAUCUAAGGAAUGAUUCACAUACUAUUUGUGAAUUAGCAAAAAUGAAGCAGAAACCAGUGACACCAGAAGAAGGGCGCUCAAUGGCUGAGAAGAUCAAUGCUUAUGGAUAUCUAGAAUGUUCAGCUAAAACUAAAGAGGGUGUACGAGAAGUUUUCGAAACUGCCACUAAAGCAGCUUUGCAGGUUUGUGUUCUUAAAAUUUGUUUGAUUAAUGAUUGGAAUUACUAG